ACAAAAGGAAGACCACUUCUACAGUCAACACUGGCGUCUGCGUUGGCUGAUAUUUUGAAAAUGAGCGAUGAGGAUGAGCCGCUCAAUUUUUCGACAUCAAAAGCUACAGAAGAGUCGAAAGAGGGGAUUCUUGGAGUUCGAUCAAUUUUCAAUACACCUUUGCUCUUUCCUCCUCCAAUGUUUAAUGCGGGUGUAAUUUCUCCUCAUAUUGCUGCUGCGUUGGCCAUGUCUUUCAAUCAGCAGCGGAUGAAUGCAAGUGUUUCCCCUCCCUUGGAUCACACCACUAUCAGUGUGAACAGCUUCCCAUCUAUGGGAUCCGUAAAGACUGAUAGCCCACCCACAGCUUCUUCUCCUACGUUAUGCUGUGCAGUUUGUGGGGAUGUCAGUAGUGGGAAGCACUAUGGUAUCUUGGCAUGCAAUGGAUGUUCGGGCUUCUUCAAGCGAUCAGUAAGAAGGCGGCUGAUUUAUAGAUGCCAGGCAGGAACCGGCAACUGCGUUGUAGACAAAGCACAUAGAAAUCAAUGUCAAGCAUGUAGACUUAAAAAAUGCCUUAACAAGGGAAUGAAUAAAGAUGCAGUACAAAAUGAGAGACAACCGAGAAAUACCGCCACAAUCCGACCCGCCCUUGACAUGGAUCCACAAAACUUUUUCAGAGAGUAUGCAGGUGCCGUGUCUGCAAUAAUGGGACAUUCUAAUAUGAUGAAAAGGGAAGAUUCCCCAUCUAGUGCUAGUGACGGGAAAACAGAAGAUGAGAAGAAAGAUAGCUUACAAGAAACUACAAUGAGCCAACUCGAAAGUGUGCUCCAGUGGGCUCAACAGUUUCGGCUUUUUACAGUGCUCACAAAUUCUGAGAAGAGACAAAUAAUCCUAACUCAAUGGCCGCGUCUCCUGUGUAUAUCCCUCUGUGAGCAGGCAGAAGAUGUCUCUUUCGACGACCACCUGACGAGCCUCAUGCUCAAGUUCCGACGUUUAGACGUUUCGCCGGCUGAAUUCAAUUGCUUGAAAGCGAUCACCAUCUUCAUGAAACCAACUGAAGACUCUCAAUAUCAAUUUGAAGAGCAACUAGACCAAUGCAUUUGCCUGCUUCAACAAUGCUGUCUGAAACUUGACUCAUCGCCUUCCCGAUUUGGAAAACUGCUACUCCUCCUCGCCGAAAUUCAAUUUUACCCAACUAGUUAUCUCGAAUCUCUACUUGACACCAAAAUUUCACAACUUGUCUCCCGUUUCUUGUAAUUAUUGAUUUACUUGUCUGAUCAUCUCAUAACAUUGGCCCAUGUAUUUUAAUCAAUUGUAAUCACCUCAAUACCAAUAGUGAACUAAUCGAUCUGAACUCCAUAUUGACAUAAAUGAUCACUACUUUCCGAAAAUCAUAUCUGUAACGGCAGAAUUUAUACUUAAACCUCAAAAAAAUAUAUUUUCAAUAAAUUUGUCAUAUUCGCAUCACAAUUCCCAAUUUUUCCAAUUCAAUUGUCAACU